AGCGAGAUUAGUCGAUGUGUGCCGAUUGAGGUGAAAUUUCCCAUGAUUCCUCAAUUAUCUUAUCCCCCUCUAGGAAGCAAUUGAGGUGUGGUCGAAUGUUUAGUGACUCAGUGCUUCGAAUGGUAGACUCGCUAUAGAAUAACAUUAUUUUGUAAAUAAGCGAUAAUGGCAGCCAUUAGGAAGAAGUUGGUAAUCGUCGGAGAUGGUGCCUGUGGUAAGACCUGUCUCUUGAUCGUCUUCAGUAAGGAUCAGUUCCCUGAAGUCUACGUCCCCACCGUCUUUGAGAACUAUGUGGCUGACAUCGAAGUCGAUGGAAAGCAGGUUGAGUUGGCAUUAUGGGAUACAGCAGGACAGGAAGACUACGACAGGCUCCGCCCACUAUCCUAUCCGGACACAGACGUCAUACUAAUGUGCUUCUCUAUAGAUAGCCCCGACAGUUUAGAAAAUAUCCCUGAAAAAUGGACACCGGAAGUCAAACACUUCUGUCCCAAUGUACCCAUAAUCCUGGUAGGCAACAAGAAAGACACGAGAAAUGAUCCCAACACACAGAAAGAGCUGAAGAAGAGUAAGCAAGAGCCCGUCAAAACAGCUGAGGGCAACGCGAUGGCAGAACAGAUUCAUGCCUUCUCCUACCUUGAAUGUUCGGCGAAAACAAAAGAGGGGGUGAGGGAGGUGUUCGAAACGGCCACUAGGGCGGCACUGCAGGUUGAAUUGGCAUUAUGGGAUACUGCUGGACAGGAAGACUACGACAGGCUCCGCCCACUAUCCUAUCCGGACACUGACGUCAUACUAAUGUGCUUCUCUAUAGAUAGCCCCGACAGUUUAGAAAAUAUCCCUGAAAAAUGGACACCGGAAGUCAAGCACUUCUGUCCAAGUGUUCCCAUAAUCCUGGUAGGCAACAAGAAGGAUCUUAGAAACGACGAGAGUACGAAGCGAGAGUUAAUGAAGAUGAAGCAGGAACCGGUCAGACCGGAAGACGGCCGCGCUAUGGCUGAAAAGAUCAAUGCGUAUGGGUAUCUGGAAUGCUCCGCCAAAACAAAAGAGGGCGUCCGUGAAGUAUUCGAAAACGCCACCAGAGCGGCACUUCAAACCAAGAAAAAGAAGAAGGGGAUAUGUGUCACGCUAUAACUCUACUGCGCAUGUCAGGGUGGGUCCAUCUCUUACUUUUCAAAACAGACAUUUUUUCUGAAGGAAUGGAAAAAUGGAACCUAGGGCUCCCGAAUGUGGCGGAGAACAUGUACACGAAGCGCCAUUCCUGAAUCUGAACAAAGUUAUCAUAACUUAACGUGUAUUCAUUUAAUUAAUUAGUGUUUAUCAUUUGUAAAGAUGCCGUGUAAACAAGCCUUGAUAUUCUGACUGUGUGACGUGUACAUUUGUGUCAUGACGUAAUGUGUCCAUGGAUACCGCUCCGCGUGCAAUAUUUUAUUUAAUGUUUUUUACGACAUCUGGCGGACGGAGUGAAUUGAACCUUUCUAAAUUGUCUUAAGAUUUCUAAUAAUGUAACUCGGAGGAAUGACAUCAAGGUUUUAUUCAUGUAUUCUUAUUUAUGUAAUAUCUCAUCACGUACUGUGUAGCUUGUCAAAUAAAUGGAACCAAAGAAUA